GGUUUAGCCUUGGUGGGAAAAAUCUGUAAUUCAAGGAUCAGACUUCCUUCACAUUCACAUUGAAUUUGCUAAAAAUAAGGUGAAACAAAAACCUUACAGUUACAACCCCAAACUUAUUGACCAGUGGACAUCACGGAUUAGAGCAUGAACAUAAUACAUGAUUUUUAAGGAUUUUUAAAUUGGAUAAAGGAUAUUUUUGAGUUCUGACUUAAGCUGGAUUUACAUCAAAGUGACCUGAUGUCAUUUUGGAGAUUUCACCUGGAUUAUGAAGAUUUCAGUUGAUUUAAAUGAACCAUGACUGGUGUGAUUGCCACAGUGCCGGUUCUUCGUUCAGGCCAACUGGACUACAGAUCAUCUUAGAAGUCUUAGGACUACAGCUGGUCUAUGAGAAUCUAUCUACUGGAAGGAAGUCUCCAAGUUAUAACACAUUUUUUAGGGAUUACUUAUCACAUUAUCUAUACGUGAGCAAGAUCUGGACUACAUAGCUUGGAUAAACUUUUUCCUGCUGUUUGAAGGAUGAUUCUUUUCUAGCACGGAUUUCCUUGAAUGUUACUGGACUGUUAUCCGCCAUGUCUCUGAGUAAGACCCUCGAGUUGGAGCAUUUUGACGAACGUGACAAGGUUCGGCGAGGACGCUCCACCCGGGCCAAGAGAGAUGAUUCCACCAGCAGUGCUGGUGGUGGAGGGUCUGGCCCGAGCUCCAGGGGCAGCAGCCUGGUCCCUAGUCCUGCUCACAGCGCCAACUGCAGCUACUACCGGACCCGCACCCUGCAGGCGCUCACCUCGGAGAAACGAGCCAAAAAAGUCCGGUUUUAUCGCAACGGAGACCGGUACUUUAAGGGCCUGGUGUACGCUGUUUCUAGUGACCGGUUCAGAUCGUACGACGCUCUGCUAAUGGAGCUCACACGCUCGUUGGCGGAUAACCUGCAUCUGCCUCAAGGAGUGCGGGUGAUCUACACUAUAGAUGGCAGCAAGAAGAUCACCAGUAUGGAUGAGCUGGUGGAAGGCGAGUGCUACAUUUGUGCCUCCAACGAGCCUUACCGGAAGGUCGACUACACCAAGAUCUCCGUCCCAAGCUGGAAGCCCGGUGCCAGCACUGGGCCUGGAACAGCAAGGUCAAGUGGAGCCUCCACGGCAUCCACAGGAGUGUCGACGACCGUCCCCAAAGAUCGCCCCGAAAGUCGAGAGGGCAGAGAGAGCAAAGACUUCAUCAAACCCAAGUUGGUGACGGUGAUCCGCAGCGGCGUGAAGCCUCGAAAGGCAGUGAGGAUUCUCCUGAACAAGAAGACGGCGCACUCCUUCGAACAGGUGCUGGCGGACAUCACCGAGGCCAUCAAGCUGGACUCUGGAGCAGUAAAGAAGCUCUACACGCUGGACGGGAAACAGCUGACCUGUUUGCAGGAUUUUUUCGGGGAUGACGAUGUGUUUAUGGCCUGCGGUCCAGAGAAGUUUCGCUACGCUCAGGACGACUUUGUGCUCACACACAGCAGCAAAACACCGGCCUUUGUGAAUGAGUGCAGGACCAAGGUCUCUCGCUCAUCUGCCCCUCAGAAAACAACCAAGACCCCCAGCAGCUCCGGCUUCUCCUCCUCUAGGACUCUACCCAAAGGUCCGCCCAGGACAAAGUCACCUGGUCCAGCUAAUGAGACCUCUGGAAAAUCAUCCAGGUCCAGCCCAUCCCCCACCAGCCCCGGGACUCGACGCAGCCUCAAGAUCUCACCUCGUCGUGCUUCCUCCACUGAUGUAAACGGAGAGGCUGAACAGCCAGAUGACACUGCUGAAGGUGAAGGUGAAGUGAACGGCAAUCGAACAGUUUCUUCCUCAACCAUCAACGAGAAGUACAAGGUUGGAAAGGUGAUCGGAGACGGAAACUUUGCUGUGGUGAAGGAGUGCGUGGAGAGGUCAACAGGACAGGAGUAUGCUCUGAAGAUCAUAGACAAAGCUCGUUGCUGUGGGAAGGAGCACCUGAUAGAAAAUGAAGUGGCGGUCCUGAGGAGGGUUCGACAUCCGAGCAUCAUCCAGUUAAUCGAGGUGGACGAAACGCCCACUCAGCUGUUCCUGGUCAUGGAGCUCGUCAAGGGUGGAGAUCUGUUCGACGCCAUCACUUCCUCUACAAAGUACAGCGAGCGAGACGCCAGCGCCAUGGUGUUCAACCUGGCCGGAGCCAUCAAGUACCUGCACCGAAUGAACAUCGUACACCGAGACAUCAAACCAGAGAACCUGCUGGUUUGUGAAUAUCCAGAUGGCACUAAGUCAUUGAAGCUGGGGGAUUUUGGUUUGGCGACAGUGGUGGAAGGACCACUGUACACUGUUUGUGGCACGCCGACAUACGUCGCCCCGGAGAUCAUCGCUGAGACCGGUUAUGGUCUAAAGGUGGACAUCUGGGCGGCAGGCGUGAUCACCUACAUCCUGCUGUGUGGAUUUCCUCCUUUCAGAAGUGAGAAUAAUAUUCAGGAGGAGCUGUUUGAUCAGAUCCUCAGAGGGAAGCUGGAGUUUCCGUCUCCAGACUGGGACACCAUCAGUCUUCCAGCAAAGAUGCUGAUAAGUCAGAUGCUGCAAGUGAAUGUGGAUGCCCGUUUCACUGCCGAGGAGGUCCUGUCGCACCCCUGGGUGACGGAUGAGGCUCCUAUAGAAUCCAACACUGUGAGCAGCGCUGAAGAGCAGAACAGUGGAGACACAUUGGAAACAGAGGAACCAGAGGAACCAGAAGAAUCCCCAAUACUUGAAACCAAGCAAGUUCCCUCACCUCUGGUCUAAAACACAUCCCCCUUAUUGAAUGGAAGAACAGAACAGUCUUUGUUUGGUCCACUGGAAACCCAGAAAGUUUCUUUAUAUCUGAACGUCUCAUUAAUUCCCAGACCAGAUCGGUUCCCUUUAAUCUGGUCUAGAACCUGUUACAUGACAUCAUGUCACCUUAGUUAAAUGAGUUUUAACUUCUAGAAGCCAACAACUCUGCUUUGAAUUCUAGCUUUCUCUCGUUUCCAUUUAAAACCAAACCAAUCACUUCCUCUUGGCUUUUAUUUAAUUUCAUCUUCAGGAAACUGAACAGAACAUAUCGGACUUGAAGAAGUUUCUACACCUCUUUCUCUUGGACAUGUUCAUUCUUCUAAAGACCGAAAAGAGGUCCCACCAUUUAAAACCAAUCUAGUUCAAUCUACUUGACAUGAAACCAGUCCCAUCAUGCUUUGUGAAACAAAAUGAUUUGGUUCAGUUUUCUUCCACAAAUAUUCCCAUUUUGGUUGUGAGGUAUAAAACAAUUUCCCUCUCUUGUGAUGUGGAAUUAAUCCAAUUUCUCCCUGUGCAAGUCAGCAAGUCCUGUCAGUCACCCGUCAUCUGCUUGAAUCGAACACGAUACUAUACAUUCUUUAAUCAGAAAUGUGAUUGAAUCUUUACUUUGCUUUACUUUACAAACUUUACUUUGCUAAUUAGAAAGCAAACAUUAGUCUGGAAACCCAACAAGUUCCUUAAAUAUGGUCUCUCUGGCUCCCCUGGCCAAGAACCGAAAAAAGUCAAUUGAAUGUGAUUUAAAGUAUGUUCAGUUUAAUCUUCGUCAUCAAAAUACAUUCUUUCUAAUCUACCCCAAACAUAUCACCAACAAACAGGUUCUCUCAGGUCUAGAACAUAUCCCCUAUCGGGUCAUGGAGACAUUCUUUAUUCACCAAGUGGAAUCCAAAAAGUCCAGUCAAGAAUGCAGAUUGUUUUCUAUAAAUUGACUGAAGA